AUGGCGGGAAAACGAAUCACCUUACGCGUACGGAGCCGCGACGGGCUGGAGCGAGUCCAGCUGGACGAAUCAGAGGCCACCGUUUCCGGCCUUCGCGCGCAAAUCUCGCAGCAGCUCGCGAUCCCAUUGGCCGAUCUGAUCCUCUCUACGGACCAAUCCCUUCUCCUUUCAGCCGACCCGGAGAAGUUUAAAGACCUAGCGGAUCCCUCCGCGUCGCUAGAGUCCCUAGCCUGGCAUUCUCUAUCAAGCAUGGCGGCUUCCUGUAUGAAAAGCCUGGCGUUCUCCAUCAAGCGAGGCGGCUUCCUGAACAGGGAGCACUACGUGCACGACAGCCUGGCAUUCUCCAUCAAGAGAGGCGGCUUCCUCCUGGCGUUCUCCAUCAAGCGGGGUGGCUUCCUGUUCGGGGAGGUGCGGGAGGAUGGGCACGUGUUGGUGGAUUUUAUAUACGAGCCUCCACAGCACGGCACAGAGCACACCCUGCAGAUCUUCCCCAAUGAAGCCGAAGAGAGGGCAGUGGCGGCGAUAGCAGCAGGGUUGGGCAUGCGCUGUGUGGGCUACAUCGUGACUCAAACCCUCGCAGAGGACCAACAAGCACAGGAGCACUCCUUCACUCUCUCUGCUUCAGACCUCCUCCUUUCGGCUCGGCUUCACUGCGCCACUGCUAGAGAGAGCAGCAGGGAAAAGGGGGCCGGGGAGGGGGAGGAGAGUGCUGGGGGGACAGGGGAUGCGGGUGCGCAGGCAGGCGGGAGGGGGAACGGGGACGGGGCGGCAGGAGGGGAAGGAGGAGAGACGAAAGGAGAGGAGGGAGGGGAGCCGUUUAAGUACUUUGCGGUGGUGCUGGUGAAACUUUUAGUGGAUGAGGAGGGGGAUGGGGGCGGCGACGUGCAUUUUGAGGCCUUUCAACUAAGUGACCAGUGCCUGAAGCUGUAUCGGGAAGGGUGGUUUGCAGGGGAUGGGAGUGGGGAGGGAGAGGGGGGGGAAGGCGGGGGGAAGGAUAAGGGGAAGGGGAAGGUUGGGGAGAAGGAGAAGGGGAAGAGUGGGGGGAACGGGGAGAAGGAGGGGGAGGAGAAGGAGGUUGACCCGAAAGUCUCAAGAAUGAAGAAACAAGUGGUUGUGGCUGGGAGGGACACAAAGGAGGUGGAUAACGACUUCUUCCUCAUGCCCAUUAAGAUCGUGGAUCACCAGGGCCCUCUCACAACGUCUUUCCCUGUGGAGAAUCGUGUGAUUCUCCCCACCCAAAAUGACCUGAAGCAGCAUUUGGACCGCACUCGCUCCAAGCCAUGGGCCGACCGGCUGGCAGACUUUCACCUGCUGCUCUACCUCAGCAACUUCCUGGAUGCUUCCACGGACAUGCCUAUGUUGGCGCAGGCUGUUCGCACUAAGGAGCCGAUUAGCGAGGGCCACCAGCUGAUUAUUGAGCACUUGGCUUAA